AUGGUACCCACCAAAUUCGGAAAACACAAAUCUCGCAAAAUAUCUAUCAAAGCCUUUUUGGUUUUCGCUAAAGACUCGCAUAAUGACUUGCGUAAAAUCCAACAACCCCGGGUCAAGCUACGCGGCAUUGAUAAGACGCAUACCAGUAUCGAUAUGAGCUGGUACGACAAAUGGCUCUCCCAGCAGCUUAAAAAUCUACCUCACAGCCUGGUGCAACUCCGAGUUGGGACAUGCAGACUGCAAGACAAACGGAGCCUGGUUACUCUUUUCGAAGGCAUUGGGGACUUUGCGCGUGGGACUGAGGGGGUCUCCAUCGAUGAAAUCACCGCAUAUUUGCGAGAAACUGGAGUCUUUGAUUACAGCGAUGAGCUACAGGGCCCCCAGACACUUCUUGUAUUUGCUGUCCUAGGUUGGCGUUCUAUGUUGUAUCAAGCUGCUUUCAAUGUCUGCUCGAUCCAAGAAUUAGCUAUCCAUCAGGACUCCGACCAACCUCAGUCAGGCCUUGUCUUUGAUAGGGAUAGAAUAUCGGCUGAACUUUCCGACCGUCCACUGUCUGUUCUCCUGAAAGCUUUUGGGCAACUUUUGCCGGCGCGGUCCGCAAAUUCUCCCUAUCUCGCAAGUGAGACCGGAAGCAUGGCGUCGGUCUGGCAGCCCCUGCACCCCGAAGAAACAAACGCAUACCUGCUUCAUGUCUUGCUUCAUGUUACUAUACGAUGGGUCGAUAUACUAGCAUUGCACCUUGAUUAUGACAAAGCCACCAGAACUUUAUCGCUCUUCAGAUAUCCGUCAUUUUGUCUUGAGAUGCUUCAAUCACGCGGCUUGGUCUACUCAUUCUCCAGUAUUGACAGCUCGCCCAUCGAUCCUCGUGCCAACGAAGAAGAUAUUUCACAAUUCCUGCAAGAGGUACUUUUAUCGUAUCGUCUUCUUUUUGCUCAGUCGGCACCGUCAAGGAAACUUUUUCGCCAACUUUAUACGAUGCCAGAUAUGCAUAUCCACCGAACCGACUCCCUGCUUUUUCAUAUAUGCACACAGAAGCGGAUUGGUCAAACCUUAACAAUACUCCCGACUGACAGGCCACUUUAUUUCGCUGCUCGAGACUUUCCCGUGCUGUAUGACCGGAUUGAGCUUAUAGCAAAGGAUCUGAGAGAUGCAAGGCCAAGCUCAAUCAUCGGUCUCAUAAGGGAUAGGCGUAACGUUCUGCAGUAUUGGACAUUUUGGCUGGUAGCUAUCUUUGGCGGCAUCAGCAUUGUUCUAAGCUUGAUUCAAGUCAUUUUACAGGCAUUAUCAAUGAUGCAGGUCUGA